AUGUCGGCCACUGAGAACCUUAACCCAGGAUGUGUUUUCCUGCCUGACACACCGAAGAAGGUCUCCGAGGCCAUUUCCAUCUUCGCCAAAAAUGACUGCAAGUUUGCGAUUAAGGGUGGCGGCCACAGCGCCAUUCCUGGGGCUGCCAGUAUUCACGAUGGUGUGCUCAUGCCGAUGGAGUAUAUAAAUUCCACCGAAGUCAAGCUGCAAGAGGGAUACAUCCGGGCUGGGGCCGGAGCGACGUUAGGCUCGGUUUACGAGGCCCUGGACCCUUACAAUCUGUCCGCUGUCAUUGGACGUUAUAAGAAAGUAGGACUGGGGCUUGCGCUUGGGGCGGGCUUCUCCUACUUCUCCAACAGCGAAGGUCUUACCAUUGACAAUGUCGUCAACUACGAAGUGGUCUUAGCCAAUGGGACCAUUGUCAAUGCCAAUGCCAGCAGUCAUAACGACUUAUUCUGGGCCCUCAAGGGAGGAAACAACAACUUUGGUGUGGUCACUCACUUUGAUCUUGCUACCAUCGCCACCGAUGGUCGCGUGUUGGGUGGUAUCGUCUACUACCCGGAAUCCUCACUCGAUGAACUCGCGGACGUGAUUUAUGAUUAUCAUGUGAACCAGGCUGUCAACGAUAUUCGUACCCAUACUUUGCCUCAGUACGGAUACAACGGUACUACCAACGAGACCAUCAGCUUCUCUCCUGUGAUCUAUAACGCCGAUCUCCAAGAAUUGCCCGACAUCAUGCAACCCUGGAACAACACCCCUCACUACAAGAGCACAGUCCACAAUCGGAAUUACACUUCCCUUGCAGCUGAGCUGAACGACGGAUUCCCAGAUGGCAAGUUCCAAGCUCAGCGGAUCAUGACCGUCUAUGCAGACGCCCAAUUGUACAAGGAUAUCUGGUGGGAGUUCCGCAAAUGGAUGAAGAAUUAUCGGGAUGUCGAGGGCUUUUAUGGCUUACAUUGCAACAUGCCAAUUACACCUAGACAAGUCACUCAGGGCAUACUCAAAGGGACGAACGCGCUAGGAUUGGAAGAUGCUGGAAACCGCACGCUGGGCGGUGAGUACUUGAACAAUCCUCAAACUAUCUCACAUGAAUGUCGACUAAGAUACUUUGAUCUAGUCCUCUACUUUGGAGUCACCUUCGACAACAAAGCGGAUUCCGAUCGAGUGUUGCCAGAUCACGACGAGUUCGUUCAAAAGAUGCAGAAAUUGGCCGCCAGUCGUGAUCUUCUUCAUCCUUACCUGUUCGUCUCCCUGCCUUUUCGUGCCUACUUUACUCUUCCUGUUGUCUCGACUGUGGCUAAUGUGCGAAUCUUCUUUAGUAUGCUUACAUACUCAGGCUGGAACCAGCCAGUCUUGAGAAACUACGGCGAGAAAAACCUUGCUAAACUCCGUGCUGUUCAGGCGAUCUACGACCCGACACAUGUCUUCCAACGUCUAGUUCCUGGUGGCCAGAAACUACCUGCUAAAUAA